AUUUUAAUUAGAAGAAUGCAAAAACUAAACCCAACAGGUAAUAUGUUAAACUACAAACAUUUCUUUUCAAGAACUUAACAAGGUUGGUUUAUUUGACUUACUACCUACAGCUGGGUGUUUUGACUCCAUGUGUCUUCUCAUAUUCGUGGUACUAGUCUUAUAUGAUAUUUUGGCUGCACACAUAUUACAUUUUGCGAAAUUUUCGUCGGUUUCGGAAAAAAAAUCCACAAAUAACUUAUUUUCCUCUUUUUAAACAUUGUUGAAACUGAAUAAAAUAAUACUGGCUAGUCAAACAAAAAAAACAACCUAGAG